CAUACUCUUACUUGAGGUUCUCUAGGAGUGACGAGCGCUCGAGGACGCAGGAACAGCUGCAUAUGACAGCUGUCGCGAACGGCAGGAUCGUGCUCGACGGCGAGACUGCGAGAGGUGCGUUUUAUUCACGAGAUUCACAAUAUUUAACAUGUGACAUAUAUUACAAACUUCUCUCUAGGCAUCAAAGUCAAUGUUUUAAGCGGAUGCUUCUUUGAAGAAACAUCUUUUCUGUCACACAAUGUUCUCCGCCAUUAAAAGACUAGCCGGAAAAUCUGAUGGCGCCGGCAAUGUAUCUCCCAGACCGGCGCAUCAAUCCAUGCCGACGAAUUUGCAGAGAAAGUUUGCGAAAGGCGUGCAGUAUAACAUGAAAAUAAUAAUAAAGGGAGACAGGAAUGUAGGAAAGACAUGUUUAUUCUAUAGACUGAAGGGGCAAAAGUUUAUUGAAGAAUAUAUACCUACCGAAGAGAUACAGGUGGCUAGCAUACAAUGGAAUUACAAGGCUACCGACGACGUGGUCAAGGUGGAGGUAUGGGAUGUCGUAGAUCGCGGCAGACGCCGCAGAAAGUUGGAGGGCCUGAAGAUGGACAACGCUCCGACUAGCGCGGAGAACGUUAUCGAGGAGCCCGCGUUGGACGCUGAAUUCCUCGACGUUUACAAGGGCACCAACGGUGUCAUUAUCGUGAUGGACAUCACGAAGAGCUGGACGUUCGACUACGUCCAGCGGGAACUGCCGAAGAUACCUAGCCACAUACCCGUUAUCGUUCUCGGGAACCACUGCGACAUGUCGCAUCACAGAACCGUUACCGCCGAUCACGUGACGUAUUUUAUAGACUCGCUGCACGAGAGGACCGCGCAAGUAAUUCAACUAGUAAGAUACGCAGAGUCCUCGAUGCGAAAUGGCUUCGGUUUGAAGCUGCUGCACAAAUUCUUCAACCUGCCGUUUCUGCAGCUGCAGCGUGAGACGCUGCUGAAGCAGCUCCACACCAACGAGGAGGAGACGCAUUUAACCAUCCAGGAGCUCGAUCUCUUCCAGGAUAGUGAUGACGCGGACUACAAUAAAUUUCUAGACAAUCUCGUGAAUCGGAGAAGGGCUCUCGCCGACUCGGUUUCUGCCAGUAAUCUAGUCUCAAACGUUCCGCCGUCUAUGAGUAACUAUCACCAUACGUCGCCCAACGCGAAUGCCGCGGGGGAGGUCAGAAGGUCGGCCUCAAUGCCCGGUCCAAUUGGCGGCGGAACUCCGAUACCGGUGAAAAAUUUGGAACUCAAGUCGUUACCGAGAAAGGAACACUCGACGAGCAGCGCGUUGGACAAUUCCACUUGCAGGACCGCGCAAAUCGUGACGUCGCCUCCCGUGUCUCAAAAUCUCUCAAAAAUGGAGCCGGGUAGGUCGGUGGAGUCUGCAAGUGACAACGAGAGGAAAGACUCGCUUAACCGACCGCAGUCGCUCAUGUCCAAGAUCUUUGGCCAUAAGAAGGAGGAUGAGACGGACGGGAAGCUGCCGAAUAUGAAAAAUCUCAGUCUCGGCGCACCGUUGACCAGCGUCGAGGACUUCGUGCCGGACGACGAGAUGCUGGAUAGAUCGUUUUUGGAAGACAAUAGCCAGUUUUCGCCGCAGAAGAUGCAGCAGGAAGACGUAGAUUCCGAGAGUGACACGGAGACUGCGAAUCCCUUAGUAGCCGGUUACGAGGACGACUUAUCGUCCAUCGAGGAAGUAGCUUCUCCCGUCCAGCCGAAAUUGUCGGAAAAUCCGCUGUCGAAGCAGAAGCACAAACUGGAACAGCCGUUAGGUCCGGAGAUAAAUAUAGAGAAGCCAAGGCAGACCACGAAACGCGACUCGGUAUCCUCUAUAGAGCAGGAACUGCGUAUUUCCAGCGACUACGAGCCAAACGAACAACCCGAUAUAAAUUCGGAUGCAUUUAGCUGGCUGCGACGUGAUUCCAAGUGGCGGCAAAGUCCCGAGGGGGGCGAGGACGUUAGCAGCACCAGCACGAGGAAGGACAGGCUGGAACUGAGCGACAAGAGCUUGGACGUCAGUGUGACGAGCUCCAAUGUUAAUCUGGAAUUGCUCGAUGACACCAGUAUGCGCCAUAUAAGCUCCAAUGCCAGCAGUCCGGUGAUGAAGGAGAAGAAGAAGCACAAAGAGAAGGGAGAUGAGAAGGAGAAGAGAAAAAAGAAGAAAUCAAAGGACAAGGAUAAAGACAGGGAGAAAACGGAAAAGACUGAAAAGAAGAAGAAACGCUCAUCGCAUCGAUCGAAGGACGAGAAUAAAGGCCGAGACGAACUCGAGGAGUUUCUCAACAGUUCGGUCACGAGAAUUGGCGUCGAUGUGGCCUACGAGGCGAUCUAGCAUUCGGCAGACAUCACUGCUGAUGUAUCUUAAGAGCCACGCAUCUUCCAAGACUUCGCUCGUGUAAGAUCCCCUUUCCCGUUAAUGUAUCCUACAUCCUUCAAAAAGGGAAGAGAAAAAUGAGUAUUACUGUUGGCAAAAAAAAAGAAUAACGCGUUUCAUAUUGCACUAUUAAUCGGUAAAAAAAAUGUACUCAUUUUGCAUUAGAUAACUCCUGUGCGCUCUUGGACCACUUUUAGGUCGUUGAGCAUUUCAACCAGCUCGUUUCAGUGGCCGCGGCGACGAAGAUCGUAAUUUUACGAAAGAUGAGUUUUAACAAACUGUGUUUAUACAUAUAUUGCAUUUCCGAUCUUGAAUUUUUGACAAUUUUUAACGGGUAUUUUAUAUUUCGUGGAAAUCGCAACUCUAAGCGUUCGUUGUGUGAAUGGGAGUAAUACGUGAAUAUUUUUUAGUGGUAUGAUAUGUGAUGUGAUCAUUAUACGUGACGUAUUGUGGCGGUAUACUUAUCAAAAUUAUUUAUUGUACUCUAAUUUUUUCGAUAUCCCUUCGUACGUAUUAAGACUUAUUUAUCGUUAACAUUGUUUAUAAAUUUUCUUUAUUUCUGGCACAACAUACACUAUUCUUGUUGAAUAUUUAAAAUUCCUUUAAAAACAGUUAUUUACAUAAGAGAGAGAGAGAGAGAGAAAGAAAGAAAGAAAGAAAGAAAGAAAGUGUUACGUUAUUGUUGUAUUUUUCAUAACAUUUAGCAUCGUAUAGCAUUGUGCGAUCAUUACAGCUUCAUGUUAAUAAAUGUAUAUAAACGAAACCACAUUCUACGUAAUAAUUAGAAAAGUAUAUAAAUAA